AUGAAUUCCAACUCAGAACAGUCGGAAUCACCCCGUCAGCGAAAUUCAGACAGAAUAGCCAGGUGGCUGGCACCGAGUGACUACCUUGGCGAUUCCAGCGAGUACCAGCGACAACUCGCCUUAAGAAUCCCUGACACCGCUCUAUGGCUGCUUGAAACAGAACAGUAUAAUCGAUGGCAACAGUCACGAAUGUUCGGCACCUUGUGGGUCAAGGGUUCCCCUGGGUGCGGGAAAUCGGUGCUAGCGGCCUCGACGAUUGAUCAUUUCCGAAAGAUCGGGAAUUCCCCAGUACUUUUCUGUUUCUUCCGAAAGCCAGAAGGAACAGAAGUUAAUAUUAUCCAAAGCUCGAGGACCCUCAUCCAAGACUGGCUUGCCCAGUUGCUUCCUUGGAGUGCCUGUCUCGAGGAGGACCUCCGUGGUCUGACUGGCUCGACUUCUGCCAACGCAUCGGAAGAAGAUCUGUGGAAAUGCCUCUUUGAUGCCCUCAAAUACUUCCCAAAGGUUUACUGCGUUGUAGAUGGAGUUGAUGACAUCGAUAAUUCGCACAACGAAGAGAUAUUCCGACGUCUGAAGGAGUUGGCCAGCUUGAAACCCCAUGCAGUCAAGCUCCUCGUGACAAGCAGACAGAGGGACUCUCUCCAAAGCAACUUUGAACUCGGGAAGAUACGAUGGAUCAUCGAGCUCAACAUGGAUGCCGAUGUUACACGACGAGACAUCAAAGCUUAUGUUCUAUUUCGACUAAACCAACAGAUUCCAAACCGGGCUCAAUCAAAGUCAGGACAGGCGCUUGCCAACAUGAUCUCCGAGCUCUCUGAUGGCUCAUUCUUGUACGUCAAGGCUUUAACCGACGAGCUUCUUCCGCGGCUUGAUGAGUAUCAGAAAACAAAAGGCGACGAGUCUUUGUCGCUCGCCAAUCGAACCCCAAAUAUCCCAACGCCUGUGAAAUCGGACACAGCCACCGAAGAUCUGGCGGAAAGAAUUCAGAAGAGUCUCAAGACAGGGGAUGCUUCCGGCCCCGGCUUUGAAAAUGGGGCAGGCCAUGUCAAUAACAUGAGCGUCCAAACAUCUGUCAAAGCCCAGAUGAAUGGAGUCGUCGCAGAAGCCAGGCGCAUCUGCAAAUGGGGAGCAGGCUCGAAUGACACACGGCCCAUACUGGUGCGAUUGCUGAUUGAACGUGGCAUGGAACGGGCAGUUCCCUUCGGACAACGCCAGCGACGCUGGCUCCACUCCAUGUUCGAGGUGGUGAAUUGCAGCAACUCGGUUCUGGACGUCUUGUUUGAAUACCCGGAUCGUAUCGACUUCAACACAAGAGAUGUCAAGAACCGAUCCGUGUUUCACGCGGCUUGCAACGUCACUGUUCAUGAGGCUUGCUACACGUUGCCGGGAAACAUCCGUGAGCCACCAAGGGAUGUAUGGGUUAAGGCAACUUCCAUGUUCCUCAAGAUAGCUGCGUAUGGGGUUGAUAUCAAGGCGCUUGACGGCCAAGGCAGAACCGGUCUCCAUAUCAUCCUCGACAACCCUAUGAUUUACGAAGGGCACAUUAUCAAGUUCCUUCAAACCAAAGGCGGUAAGGAGCUGGCCCAUAUUAGGGAUAUAAAAGGGUUCACCCCUCUUCACUACGCCCUACGUACCCUUCGGCCGGCGAUAUGCGAGGCACUCGUGGACCUCGGCGCCAACAUACUUAGCCCAGACCCAGACGGAAACACAGCACUGCACCAUAUUGCUCGACAGUGCCUCAACUUCUCACAGGCACCUUACAUGACGGAUGACUUCUUCCUGCACCCACCCGACUACUUCGAUAGGUGUCUCAGGCUCUGGCGUUGCUACCUAUUUGCAGGUGGUUCCAUCAAUGUGCGCGAUACCCGAUACAAUGCGCCGCCCCUUUUCAGCUACCUUGCCCACCACAACCCAACCGUCGUUCGACAAGAAGCGGACGAAGACGCAAAUGGUGAUGAAGGCUCGGGUGAAACUGUGAAAAACCGUCAUGCGGAGCACAUGAAGGUACUCUUCGAUGCCCACCCUAGCUUCGACCUGUUUGCUCAUGAUAAACAUGGCUUCACUGCCUUACACACCGUCGCUUCACGGGGUAGGAAGGUCGACGCCAACUCGUUUCGUGCCGAGUACGACGCCGCCCUCUUCAAGUAUCUGCUUGGGAGGGGGCUCGAUCCCCUGAGAAAGGAUGAUGAUGGGCAUACUAGCUUAGCUAUCGCUAAGGUCUAUGGGAAACAGGCCGUACUUGGUCUGAUGCAGUAG